GAAAAAAAAAGAUGAAUUAUUUUCCAGACGAGGUAAUAGAGCAUGUUUUUGAUUACGUGGUGUCACACCGUGACCGGAACUCUUUGUCUCUGGUGUGCAAAAGCUGGUACAGAAUAGAGAGAUGUACCAGGCAGAGGGUGUUCAUAGGGAACUGUUACUCUAUUAGUCCUGAGAGGUUGAUCCAGAGGUUUCCUGGUCUCAAAUCUCUAACUUUGAAGGGAAAGCCUCAUUUUGCUGACUUCAGUUUGGUUCCUCAUGGUUGGGGUGGGUAUGUUUAUCCAUGGAUUGAAGCACUUGCAAAGAGCAGGGUUGGAUUGGAGGAGCUUAGGCUGAAGAGGAUGGUGGUCUCGGAUGAGAGCCUGGAGCUACUUUCUCGUUCUUUUAUGACUUUUAAGUCUCUAGUUCUUGUUAGCUGUGAAGGGUUCACCACCGAUGGCCUUGCUGCUGUAGCUGCAAAUUGCAGGUUUCUGCGGGAGCUGGACCUGCAAGAAAAUGAUGUUGACGAUCACAAAGGCCAGUGGCUAAGUUGCUUUUCUGAAAGCUGCACAUCACUUGUCUCUCUUAAUUUUGCUUGCCUUAGAGGAGAGAUUAAUUUGGGAGCUCUUGAGAGGCUUGUGGCCAGAUCUCCUAACCUUAAGAGUUUAAGGUUGAACCGAUCCGUGCCCCUUGAUGCACUGCAAAGGAUAAUGACGCGAGCACCUCAACUAGUGGAUUUGGGCAUUGGAUCUUUUGUUCAUGAUCCAGAUUCAGAGGCCGAAGCGAAGCUAAAGAAUACCAUUCUAAAGUGCAAGUCAAUUACCAGUUUGUCAGGAUUCUUAGAAGUUUCUCCUAACUGCCUUGAAACCAUAUAUCCCAUUUGCCAGAACUUAACAUCAUUAAACCUGAGCUAUGCAGCAGGCAUUCAUGACAUUGAGUUGAUAGAACUAAUUCGUCACUGUGGGAAACUUCAGCGCUUAUGGAUAAUGGAUUGCAUUGGAGACAAGGGACUAGGUGUUGUAGCUAAGACAUGUAAGGAUUUGCAAGAAUUGAGGGUUUUUCCAUCUGCUCCCUUUGGAAAUCCGGCGGCUGUCACCGAAAAAGGACUGGUUGCGAUAUCAAUGGGUUGCCCUAAGCUUCACUCAUUACUCUACUUCUGCCACCAGAUGACAAAUGCUGCCCUCAUAACAGUUGCUAAGAACUGCCCGAAUUUCAUUCGCUUUAGGUUGUGUAUCCUCGAUGCAACCAAACCCGACCCUGAUACAAUGCAGCCAUUGGAUGAAGGUUUUGGAGCAAUUGUGCAAUCUUGCAGGGGACUUAGGAGGUUAUCAAUGUCAGGCCAAUUAACGGACCAGGUUUUCCUUUACAUAGGAAUGUAUGCUGAACAGCUUGAAAUGUUAUCUAUUGCAUUUGCUGGAGAGAGUGACAAGGGAAUGCUCUAUGUGUUGAAUGGAUGCAAGAAACUUCGCAAGCUUGAGAUAAGAGACAGCCCUUUUGGUAACAUGGCACUUCUGACAGACGUAGGGAAGUAUGAAACAAUGCGAUCCCUUUGGAUGUCGUCGUGUGAAGUGACCGUCGGAGCUUGCAAGACACUUGCUAAGAAGAUGCCAAGGUUGAAUGUGGAGAUCUUCAAUGAAAAUGAACAUGCAGAUUGUAGCCUUGAAGAUGGACAAAGGGUAGAGAAGAUGUAUUUGUAUCGUACAUUGGCUGGGAAAAGGAAAGAUGCACCAGAAUAUGUAUGGACUCUUUAGGUGCAUCUUCUUAGGUCUAUUUGAUUACCUGUUAUUCAGCAGUUUGUAUUGGUUUAGGCUGACUGAUAAAUGCAAUUUUAGCCUGGUGUAGUGGUUUGUUCUUUACUUGCAUUUUGCUAGUUUUAUGCAUAUAUUAGAUGAUGUCUUUGCUUUUUUCUCUUGAUCUUAUUAUUAUUAUUA